CCGGGCUCGGUGGCUGCCAGCGGCUCUGGAAGGCCGUGGCUGGGACUUGGGGCCCGGGAGGGGCCGCAGCGCAGAGUGCCCCGACCCUGGCCCCCCAGCAGGCCUGUACUUUGCUUUGUCCUCCUCGAAUCUCCGCGGACAUCUCCCGUCCUGAUCUCGUGGGGGCCCGCGUCUCCGCUGCGUGUUGGGGGUCGCUUUGUAGAAUUGAUGGUCCCCUGAAUCAGGGACCCCAGCACCCCCACCCCGACUCAAAGGAAGACUUUCCUCCUGAGCUGCCUCAAGGCAGCGGAUCUGCUCUCCCUGGUCCUGGAGCGUCCCGGGCACCAGGCUACACUCCUGCCUUCUUGAAUGGAGCAGCGCUUCCUAAGUGGAAUGGGGCACCUUGGAAAGUGGCCUUGGUGAGUGAGACUUGGGGUGUUGUACUGGGAAGAAACCCGGAAGGACACUGUGGGGUGACCCCGGCCUUAUCAGAUCCCGAGACUCCUUGGAAUCUUGUGUGUGGGAGAAGGUAAAUAAAUCUGGCUGUGAUUCCCCUUUUUACCUUCAAACCGAAAAGAAAACAGCCAGUGGCCACUGAGUAUCGGCCCUGGGAAGACACUUCAAACCAAGAAAGACUCAGCGAGCAGACACCUAUUCUGUGCUGGACUGACUCUGACUUCAGAGAGGAAACCCCCUCAGGUCCCAAAACCCGAAGGCCAAGCUGUACCAAAGAGGGCUCCAGCAUCUGGGGGUUCAUAACACUCCAAAUAUGUUCUUGCGCCGGCUUGGUGGCUGGAUUCCUCGGCCUUGGGGUCGCCGGAAGCCGGCAAAACCUGACCUGCCCAGCCGGGUGGACAGCUCCUCUGAGAAUUCUGGGAGUGAAUGGGAUAGUGCCCCGGAAUCCCUGGGAGAUGUGGGGCCUCCCAAACACAAGGACACAGGGGCACGGAGGCGCCCUGGGGGUGCUUCAGAAACAAGUAGGGAGUCCCAAGUUGAGCAACUGGGGAGCCGAAGAAUGGAUUCCCUAAAGCGGGACAAGACUGUCUCUAGCACUCAAGAGUCUGGGAGACUAGAAGGGAAAAGAACCACUCCCAAACCAGGACGGGAUCCUGUGGAUGCCAGUGAUUCCAGGAGAUCUGGAGUGUCCCCUCAAGGAGGAUUGAGUGCCCCUGAGUCUGAAGGCCCAGUGGAGAAGCCCGGCCGGCGUCAGAAACUGCUGGGCUGGCUUCGAGGUGCAUCUGGCACGGGAGCCACAGCUGCCUCACCGUACCUGGGGAGCCGAGAGGAGAGUUUGCAAAUCUCCACCAACCUGACCCUGCACUUGCUGGAACUACUGGCUGCAGCCCUUCUAGGACUGUGUUCCCGGCCUCUGCGGGCAAUCUUGGAUGCUGUGGGCCUGCGAGGACCCCUGGGUCUCUGGCUGCAUGGGCUGCUCUCCUUCCUAGUUGCCCUGCAUGGGCUCCACGCCGUGCUAAGCCUCCUUACUGCACAUCCCUUGCACUUUGCUUGCCUCUUUGGUCUCCUCCAGGCCCUGGUGCUGGCUGUCAGCCUCCGGGAAUCCAGUGGGGAUGAAGAGGCCUCUGACUGGGAGGGUGAGAAAUUGGAGAGAGAGGGUGAAAAGGAGCAACCCGGAGACUCAGGGAAGGAGCUGUGAUCUUGGGUUGGGGAGGUAUAACCCAGGCUCCCUCCAUCAUGGAGUAGGGGCAAGGGUGACAAUUGUGGCCUUUAGGAGAAAAGUGAGGUUUGGUGACCUAGACUGUAAGCACAGAGAUCUCAGGGAAUUGGAAGAAACACCAGAUUGGGACACAAGGCUCACAAUAGAAAAGAGCCAUUUAGAGUAUUGAUUGGGGGUGGGGGGGGCUCAUCACCCUUGAAUUCACCAGCUGUUAGUUCCGUUUGCUUUUACCUUUCUCCCAUUUCUUGUUUUUGUUUUUCCAUAUUCACUUUUUUGGGAGGGUGGGUUUGGGGCCAUGCUGAGCUGGCUAUUCCCAGGCUGUGUCUCCCAGUGCCCAGGGACCAUGUCAUGCUGGGGGUUGAAAUGGGGUUGGCUGCAUGCAAGGCAAGCACCGUAACCUCUGUAUUAUCUCUGGCUCUAUAUCUUCACUUUUGAAAACAAACAAAAAGUGUGGUGAUGGAGGAUAAAGACUAAA